CUGCACUCUGAACUCGAUUACUUCCGCCUAGAAUCGAUAGCAGAGCGGAGGCUGUCGCUGAUGCAACACUGACAGGUCCGUUCAGCCGGUUUCUCUCACCCAGGACUCUUUGAAAGAAGACGGGUUUUGAGUCGGAGCACCCAGCACCAUGGCAGAUCAGCUGAGUCCAGAUGAGAAAUUUAACCUCAUCACCAGGAACCUCCAGGAGGUCCUUGGAGAGGAGAAGGUGAAGCAGGUCCUUCAGGAGAGAGAGCUCAGGGUUUACUGGGGCACAGCAACCACUGGCAAACCCCACGUAGCUUACUUUGUCCCCAUGUCUAAGAUAGCAGACUUCCUCAAAGCUGGAUGUGAGGUCACUGUUCUGUUUGCAGACUUGCAUGCUUACCUAGACAACAUGAAAGCUCCCUGGGAGCUGCUGGAGCUCAGGGUCAAAUACUACGAGCAGGUUAUCAAGGCCAUGCUGGAGAGCAUCGGUGUGUCUCUGGAUAAACUCAAGUUUGUCAAAGGAACUGACUUCCAGCUCAGCAGGGAGUACACUCUGGAUGUGUACCGCCUGUCCUCCAUGGUGACAGAGCACGAUGCUAAGAAGGCUGGAGCUGAGGUGGUGAAACAGGUGGAGCAUCCUCUCCUGAGUGGUCUGCUGUACCCCGGCCUACAGGCUCUGGAUGAGGAGUACUUGAAAGUGGAUGCUCAGUUUGGAGGUGUUGACCAGAGGAAGAUUUUCACUCUGGCAGAGAAGUACCUGCCCUCUCUCGGCUACGCUAAACGUGCCCACCUGAUGAACCCGAUGGUGCCGGGGCUGACGGGGGCUAAGAUGAGCUCUUCAGAAGAGGAAUCGAAAAUCGAUCUCCUGGACUCCAAAGAGGAUGUAAAGAAGAAGCUGAAGAAGGCUUUCUGUGAGCCGGGCAACAUCCAGAACAAUGGAGUUCUCUCUUUUGUCAAAUAUGUCCUCUUCCCUCUACGAGGAGUGUUCUCCAUCAAGAGAGACGCAAAGUGGGGCGGAGACAAAGUUUACAGUGUGUUUGAGGAAGUGGAGAAGGACUUCGCUGCAGAGAUGAUCCACCCUGGAGACCUGAAGGCCUCUGUGGAGGUUGCACUAAAUGAGCUACUGGAGCCAAUUAGAAAGAAGUUCGAGUCUCCUGAGCUCCGUAAACUUACCAGCAACGCCUAUCCUGAUCCCUCAAAGACAAAAGCAGGAGGGAAGGGCGUUAAGGCCGGAGGAGGAGGAGGUGGUGGUGGAGGAGAGGACGAUGAGCUGGCUCCAUCCAGACUGGACAUCAGAGUGGGAAAGAUCCUCAGUGUGGAGAAGCAUCCAGACGCUGAUUCUCUGUACCUGGAGAAGAUCGAUGUAGGAGAGCCUGAGCCGAGGACGGUAGUCAGUGGGCUGGUGGCCUACAUUUCACAGGAGGACCUGCAGGACAGACUGGUGUUGGUGCUAUGCAAUCUGAAACCCCAGAAGAUGCGUGGGAUCGAGUCUCAAGCCAUGCUGCUGUGUGCCUCUAUUGAGGGCGAGCCCAGAAAGGUGGAGCCUCUGGAUCCUCCAGAAGGUUCGUUGCCAGGAGACAGGGUCUUUGUGGAAGGGUAUGGGUCAGGCAAGCCAGAUGAUAGACUUAACCCAAAGAAGAAGGUGUGGGAGAAACUCCAGGUUGACCUGAAGAUAUCAGACGAGUGUGUAGCUCAGUGGAAGGACAAGCAGCUGAUGACCAAACUGGGGCAGAUCACAUGUAAGACGCUCAAAGGAGGGAACAUCAGUUAAACACGCAAACGCUGAAGCUGCUCCUGCUCGCCACAGCAACAGUACUUCCAUCGAGUCGCCAUGGCAGCAGCAUCAAGCUUCAUCUGGAUGUUCCCUGAAGAGUGACGGCACAUGAUGCCUUGUGUCUUACAUGUUUUAAACUCUCUUAUCACGCAUCAAUGGAAAAGCAUAUGAAAGAUAAAAAUGAUGUAAUUAACAACCUGAUUCAUUACUUUUCCUUUCUUUGAAGUUGUUUAGUGUUACUAGUACACAUAUGGGGAAGAAAGGGCCUUUUCAGUUAAAGGACUCUGGUCUUUAUAGCUCAUUCGUGGAAGUAGCCAAUGAAAAAUAUCUCAGGUUUCCUAAAAGGGACUGAACGUUUCCUUAGUUACCUGUUUUACUGUUUGCCUUCAUGGUAAAUGUGAACAUCAGGACUGUGGCCAAUCUGCCAAAUCUGCUUACUAAACAAAGUUUUAUGGGUUCCCAACAUCCUAUGUAUAUAAAAAUCAAUAUGCCUUGUACUAUAUGACGGUUGUAUUUUGACUGAUGUUGCACAGAAAUCCAGAUCUGAACAUUAGUUGUUAUAAUCAAACCAUGCAUCAUCAUCUCUCAUGUGUAAUAAACACUGGUUGAAGUCUGA